AUGCUAAUUUGGUCAAAUGCAGAGGCCAGUUACAACUUUAAAGAGCUGGGUCAGCUGGUGGCCCCCUGGGGUGUGGGGCUGUUCGAGGUGGCAGUGGACGGCCAGGACGCUAACGUGACACAGGCGCAGCUCUCCCGGGUGGUCGACGAGGCUCGGCGGCUGCGGCAGGUGUCAUGGUGCGUGACGGUGGUGGUGGUGAGCGACGACCCACCCUUCCUCGCCGCCUUCGCCGAGUGGUCCCUCAAGGGCCGCCUCCUGGUGUGGUCGACGAGGCUUCUUGUUGUCACCCGCCUGCCUCUUUCGGAGCUCCAACACCUACAUAACUUAUUUUCUAUGACUAACUCCAUGUUACUCAGUGUGGGGAAAAAUAUACCAUCAUUGAGGUGUGUAUUGUAUGCUAAAAUGCCAUUCACUCAACCCAAUUCUCAGCCAUUGCGAGUUGCAUUGUGGACGUACGAAGAAGAUUUGACAUUCAGGAGCCAUAUACCGCUUUUCCCUGAUAAGUUUUCAAAGUUUUCACAUCGACCAACAUUUAUUGUCCCGAUGAUCGAGGGAGGACUGACAACAUCUGUUUGGCAGGAGAGUGAAAGUGAACCUGGUGGGAAGAACCUAAUCUUCCUGGGACCUUUGACACGGGUACUGGAUUAUGUCUCCCAGGGCUUGAAUUUUUCAUAUAAAUAUGUGCGUCCUGCUGAUGGCUCCAGUGGCUCCAGGCAGAAAGAUGAGUCCUGGUCUGGGAUGGUGGGCAUGGUGGUGAGGCAGGAGGCACACUUUUGUGUUGGCCCCCUGACUGUGACCACCAGCCGUACUGAAGUGGUGGACUUUACAUCGUCACUGGAAUUACGCUAUCUCAAUAUCCUAGCUGGUCGCGGGCGAACAGAGUUAGACCCGUGGGGUUUCCUGCUGCCAUUCUCCCAGUUAGUGUGGGCGGCAAUCCUGACGGCGCUUCUGGUGCUGCUGGUAGCUACGUCCUUCUUGCCUUCUUGCCUUACCUACGUGACUGCAUGGAGCAGAAACAGAGUUGAAGAACCUUUUGUAUAUAUACGAUUGCUUCUAAAUCAGGACUCUCCUCUGGCAUCGGAGUGGUGGUGGGAGCGACUUUUGUUGGCGGUGUGGAUGUUGACGACUCUGGUGUUAAAACAAAGCUACUCUGGUAACCUCAUAUCCCACUUGGCGGUGAGAUAUAUCCCGGAACCUUACCAGACCCUGCGGGAAGUGGUGGAUGACUCGUCGGCCAGCGUGAUAUGGCCGCGGGAUUCAUCAAUUGAACAAUAUAUUCGUGGAAGAAGGUUUAGGACAAACUCCUGGACAACACUCACAGCCCAGACCACCUACGCGGGGAAGACAUCAACGGGGGGCGACCCCACGCUUGGUGGCUGCAUGGAGUCUGCCCGCACUACUGCACCCAGCUCACAUCGAGCGCAAGUGACCUUGGUCAUAUACAUGGACGACUCCAAGCUGUAUGGAGACCUAAAGAUCACUUUCGCCGAUUGUGGCCAACCCGUAAAACUGUCGGAGUACACCUCUAUCAACGGCAUUCCAGUGAGACCGACAUUCCACCAGUACGACAACCUGAAGCUGGGAGUGAUCUCCCACGCCGAAAUUGAACACCUGAACCGAGACGAGAUUAACAAACUUUUCCUGGAUCAGCUCCACUCUGUCAAGAAGCUGUCCGAAACGACGACUCUGGUCGGACACCAAGAAUCUCUGCCCCCGGAAGUCCAACUGGCCUGGGAAACCGUCCAAGUCACGCCCUACUGUCGACCCAAGCGUUGCUUCAAAUGCCAGAACUACGGACACACCAUCAACAAGUGCAAGGCCAGGAGGAUUUAUGAUCCCUGUGCGGUGCCUCCGAGCACCGCUACACCUCCUGUCCCAACACCGAGAAAAAGUGCUCUGCCUGCGGCAGCCCACACUCCUCUGCCGAACGUACCUGUCCUAAGUGGAAGGAGGAGUGCAGGGUAG